AUGAGCGCACCCUCUGAGACCAUUCAACCCACCCCCUCGAUCAGCAGCGCCGUGCCUCCUGUCACAGCCAAUAAACCACCUCACGUCUUGAUUGGUGGUGCUGGUCUGGCUGGCCUUUUCCUCGGCAUUCUUCUAGAGAGGGCUGGGAUCCCCUAUGAGAUCUUCGAACGUUCUGCUGAACCCAGGCAACUUGGCGCCAUUAUGUGUCUGACACCAAACAUCCUCCCAGCAUUCGAGCAGCUCGGCUUGUUGGACGAACUUUCGUCGAUCUCCAAGCCCACGAUUACCGGAGUAAUGUUAACCGAUAAGUUAAAACCUAUUGGCAAAUAUGCCGCUAAUGCCAAUUACUCUGAACUCAUUGGGUACGACCGCGUCCUCUUCUCCCGUCCUGAGUUGCACGCCAUGUUAUUCAAGAAGAUUCCCAAGGAAAAGCUCCACAUGUCCAAGAAGAUCGUUACACUUGACCAAGAUCAGGAUGGCGUUACUGUGACCUUUGACGACAACACCACUGCUCGCGGUGAUAUCCUUGUCGGCGCUGACGGGGCUCAUAGUUCCGUUCGUCAGCACUUGUACAAGACCCUGGAGAAGGAGGGCCUUCUCCCCAAGUCUGAUACUGAGGAUACGAACAAAGGCUACAUUUCUCUUGUAGGGACGACCAACGCCCUCGACCCCGUCAAGUACCCUGGUGUCUUGGAGAAGGAAUCCGAGAGUUACUUUAUGUUCGGAGAUAAAGAUACGCCCUAUACUGUAAGCUACGCCGACAACAAGAAGAUGUUGGACGAGAUCCGUCACUUCAAGACCCCCUAUGGCAACAUGGGAGACUUGUUUGAUGUGACCGAUAUUGAGAAGGUCUCCAAGAUCUAUUUCGAGGACAAACUCUUCGAGACCUGGACGCAUGGACGAACUGUUCUUAUCGGUGAUGCUGCUCACAUUCUUCUUCCAAGUAGCGGUGCAGGUGCAGUAAACGCUAUGCAAGAUGCUGUUCUCCUCGCCAACCACCUCUACGACAUUAGGUCCACCAACUUCAAGGUCAUCAAGACCGCGCUGGGUGACUACAAGAAUGAUCGAUUCGAUGCCGUCAAAGAUCAAUACCAAAAGUCCCACAUGAGCGCCAAAAUAUUCUUCGGACAUACUUUCUUUGAGCGAGUUCUCAGAUACGUUGUGUUCAGCUGGCUCCCCAAAUCACUCCAGGGCAAGCAAUUGAUCAAGGAUACUGCUUACCGUCCUCAGGCUAACUUUUUACCUCUGGCGCCAAAGCGUGGCACAAUGGAUGUCAUUCCUCAGAGACCUUCGAAGCGCAUUGAGAAGGAGAAAGAGGAGGCAGCGAAGAAAGAGACAGCUGCAACUGCUCUGUAG